AUGGCAAUGCUUCAGCCGUUGCUCUCGUGCGCCUCCUCGCCUCUGCUCCGUCGUCCGACCCAUCGGAAAAGUCUCGAAUUUCAAUCGCUUGAGCCUCCCCAACUCGAAAUUAAGCAGCUUUGUUGUAGCAAGGCGUCAGCUUUAGUGCCACGUAGCUUUGCCCGUCCACCUUCCAGCACUUCCCCGCCUCUCCGUCGCCAAAACCCAUCAGAAAGAUCAGAUUUUGAGCUGUUGGUAUCGAGCAGUGGACCUGUAGUUGAUGUUCCCUUGUUCAGCGAGGCUUUUAAUGAUUUCUUGGAUCGAGGGUUGUUCGAAGAUGCUAUAAGUUCUUAUAUUGAGAUGCUUGAGUAUGGUUUACCUGUCGAGGAAUUUCAGUUCUUUCCACGUUUAAUCAAGGCUUUUGGGUGGAUGUCUGAUGUGGAGAGGGCUAAACAGAUACAUGGCCAUGUGUUGAAGCUGGGAAUUUUGGAUGCUGUGGAUGUUGCGAAUUCGGUCCUUGGGAUGUAUUGGAAAUGUGGGGCAGUUGAUCAUGCCGUCCGUGUGUUUGAGAAAAGGCUCGAUUGGGAUUCGGUGACUUGGAACACUAUGAUUUCGGGGGCCUGCCAGUCUGGGGAUUUCAGGGGUUCAUUGGGGAUGUUCAGCCAAAUGUCUUUGGUUUGUGGGUUUAUCGAUAUGUACAUGAAAUGUGGGGACAUAAGGAGUGCUGAAAAUGUUUUCAUGAGCAUUGUGGGAAAAGAGUCUGUGACUAGAAAUGCAGCGAUAUGGAAUGCAAUGGUGCUUGGCUAUGUAACCAACGGUUUUCUAUCAGAGGCUUCAGUGCUGCUGGCAGAAAUAUUGGGGUUGGGUUUAGAAGAUGAUUCUUCAAUCAUUGUUGCUGCUUUGGUCUUUUGUUCGCAUUCCUUGGAUUCUGUCCUCGGAGAAAAAAUCCAUGGACUUGUCUGCAAAUUUGGAAUGGAAAAAGAAAUAAGGGUAGCUACUGCUCUAAUUGAUAUGUAUUUAAAAUGUGGUAAGGCUGAAGCCGGUAAAAAUAUCUUCAGUAAGUGUCGAACUCGUAAUAUAGUGAUGUGGGGAACCAUAAUCUCAAAUUAUGUCAAAAGUGAUCUCCCCACUGAGGCAUUGGAUCUAUGUCAUGAAUUUAUAUAUGAAUAUGGAUUUGCAGAUUCAGUUGUAGUUUUAGCUGCAUUGCGCACAUGUUCAUCUUUGACUCUUAUAGCAAAGGGGAGGGAGUUCCAUGGAUUAGCAAUAAAGGCAGGACUUACUAGUGAUGUUUUUGUUGGAGGUGCAUUGGUUGAUCUUUAUGCAAAAUGCGCAGAUAUACAGUCUGCUCAAAUUGUAUUUCAUGGAUUACCGCUGAGGGAUUUGGUACCAUGGAAUGCUUUAAUAUCUGGAUAUACACAAAAUGACCUUCUCGAUGAAGCCUUGAAGGCAUUUCGUGAUAUGCAGUUUGAAAACAUCAGACCAAACUCCGUUACCAUAGCAUCCAUUCUUUCUGUUUGUGCCCAAAUAUCUGCAUUUAGUAUGUGCAAGGAGGUCCAUGGUUACACAUUGCGGCAAGGGUUUGAAUCCAAUAUUCUCGUGAGCAAUUCAUUAACAUCCACAUAUGCAAAAUGUGGGGACAUAUGCAGUGCUCGCAUUAUAUUUGACAACAUUCAAGGAAAAAACCAAAUAUCGUGGAAUUCUAUUUUAUUGGGAUUAGGAAUGCAUGGCCAUACAGAUGAAAUGUCUGUUCUAUUUGAAAUAAUGAAGUCAUCUGGUGUGAUGCCGGACCAUGCCACUUUCACAGCUCUUCUUUCUGCAUGUAGCCACUCAGGGAGGGUUGAUUGGGGAUGGAGGUACUUCAAAAGUAUGGCUGAAGACCACAGACUUGAGCCUCAACUUGAACAGUACACUUGCAUGGUUGAUCUUCUGGGCCGCACUGGUCAUUUGGACCAUGCAUAUGACCUGAUCAUGUCCAUGCCUUUUGCUCCAGAUGAUAGGAUCUGGGGAUCAUUGCUUGGAUCUUGCAAAACUCAUGGUGAUGAUAGGCUAGCAGAUAUUGUGGCUGGUCAUAUUUUCGAAAUUGAUCCAGAUAGUGUCGGUUAUCGUGUCCUUCUUGCCAAAUUACAUGAGUUUGAUGGGAAGCAUAGUUUAGUUGCUAAUAUUAGAUCAGAUAUACGGGACAAAGGACUGAAGAAGCAACCCGGUUGCAGUUGGAUUGAAAUCGAUUGCAAGAUUCAUGCUUUCAUUGCUGGGGACCAUUCACAUUAUCAGUCACAAGAAGUUUAUGCCAUUCUGGAUAGCUUGACAAGAGAGAUUUUAAGAUUGACUAAUACAAGGCAGUCAGAUGCAGAAGCUACUGAUUUUGAUGUGGCCUGGCCAGAGAAGCUUUUACCAUGUGAAAACAAUGGUUUGUUUAUCCUAACGUGA